AUAUGUGUUGGUACGAUCAAUUCAGAAAUUGAAACAAACCUCGACCGAUCAUCUCUCACAAUGAUUUCACAUCGAAUACUUGGCUGCUUAUUCCUGAUUUUAUUAUCGCAAUAUAGUAACGCAAGGAAAUCUAAUUAUGUGGAAACUAUUUUGAAUUCGUUACAACGCAUCGAAAAUCUACUUUUCAAACAAAGCACACAACAGACAUUGAAUUGCCUUGUUCCAGUUGAGAAGUUAUUUGCUCUAAUAUCGGAAGCUUCUAAUGAUGACAGCAAUGAGAUACCGAAAAACUUGCCUGACUCCAAUGUUUUCUUUCUUCAAAAGGACUUAGGUCUCGAUAACCAAAAAAAUGUUGUACCAUUUUUGAAAAAAUCGACGGAAAAAAAUAGAAAUUACAUUGACAACAAAAAUUACAAUGAGAAUAUAAAUACUAAUAUAAACAAAAACAUCGAUCGUGCCAGACGUACUUUGGACGACAGCAUAUUUCAUAAUUUUAAUAAAUUACACAAUCGAAAUUAUAAUGUAAAUAUGAAUGCAAACAAGAAUAUAAAUAGAAAAGCAACAGAUUUCACCGAUUUCAUCGACGAAAAUGAAGCUUAAAUAUAGAAAAGAGAUUCAAGAAAAUCAUAAAAUAUAUAUCCGAAUAUUAGCUGUAACCUGUAAUUUCUGU